AUGACCGGAGUACUGAAACGGAAAUAUGACGAGUUGGAAGACGACGCCACCUAUUCCUCCUCUUCCUCCUCCUCCCCUUUCUCCUCCUCGUCGGCUUCUUCGGGCUGGGAAUCGGACGAGGACAACUCCCAAGGAGUCGCCAAGCCCGGCCCGGCCUCGAACGCCAGCUUCACUCCAACGUCCAUCCUGAAGAAGAGCAAGCGCCUCAAGCGGACCACCGUGGAGUUUGACCGCGUCACUGUCUUCUACUUCCCGCGCUGCCAGGGCUUUACCAGCGUGCCGAGCCGCGGCGGCUGUACCCUGGGCAUGGUCAGCCGGCACAGCUUCUCCAGGGAGUUCACGCUGGCCGAGUUUUCCACCGAACAGGAGGCCGUUCGGCGGGAGAAGCUGAAGGAGCGGUUGAAAGAGGAGAAGCUGGAAGCCCUGAGGUGGAAACUAACUAUGAACGGCACGAAAGAGUCUGAGGAGGCCAACCAGCUGACGACGGAAGACAUCUCCGAUGACGAUAUCGACCUCGGUGGUGUGGAGCCGGAGGACGGCUUCUUCCUCCAGCCCUACCCGGCUAAGAAGCGGCGGGCCCUGCUCAAGGCCCUGGGGGUCAAGAAGAUCGACAAGGAGGAGAAGCGGGAGCUCCACGGCAUCCGCCUCUCCAGGGAAGACUGUGGCUGCGAUUGCCAGGAGUUCUGCGACCCGGAGACGUGUAGCUGCAGCUUGGCGGGUAUCAAGUGCCAGAUGGAUCACACAUCGUUUCCUUGCGGCUGCACGAAAGAUGGCUGUGGGAACACGGAAGGGCGCAUCGAGUUCAACCAGGCCCGGGUGCAGACGCACUUCAUUCACACCAUCAUGAAGCUGGAGCUGGAGAAGAACCAGCAGAGAAGCGUGGAGCCCGAGCCGCCGUUCCCGGAGAGGCUUCACCCCUUCGGGUGUCCGGCGGGCAAGGCGGCGUUCGAGGAGCGGACUCCUCCCCUGGCGCCCGCCUUCCAGUUCAACAUGGACUUGGAGGCGAUCGGCGAGAACAGCUGCAGCAGCGACAUGACCGACUCGUCGGUGUUGUCCGGCCAGAGCGAGGACCUGGAGGAGCCGUACGAGGCCGCCCCCUCGGAGAAGUCGCAGUCGGACGUCGACGAUGACGGCCUGGCGCGGAUACUCCACUUCAAUGAUUCCGACGCGGAAGAGGAGAGUGGGGCCAGCAGCGGCUGCCAGGAUAACUUGAGCUCGUUCCACCCGACUGACUUCUUCAGCGCGGACGUCGAAGGCCACUGUGUCGCGGACGCUGCCAUGAAGCUUGGCACCGGGAGCGCUUUGAGCCACUUGUCCAACAUCACGGAAUGUUUGGAUGAAAACGCCAACCAGGGCGCCAGCUGCUUUUUAGAGGAGACCUCCACCGGAGCGCUGUGCGGGGGCCCCCUGGGCUGCCCGCCGUCCUCGGCAGAGCCGUGUUCCCGGAACUACAUGGACCUGAGCCUCUCCUCGGACUCGCUGGAUUUCUUCCAGUCAUUCUCGGACUACAACUUGGGACCUCUUUACAACUCCUUGAAGGAGUACGAGAACCUGGACAACUUUUCGGCGUUGCAGCUCCAGCUGCCGAAUUUCCCCAGCAUGCCCCAGGUGGGGGACCAGGGCACCUGCUUUUUAGAGUCCUUGAUUGGCCUGUCUGAAUCUGUCCCGGAAACCCCAGCGCCUUUUACAGACAAUCAGCUUUUAGAAGAUGCCAUGAAGUCAUCACUCAUGGAGACUGUGAAGGUUUAAACUGGAC